AUGAAGAUCACAUUCGUCCUCCUUGCCACCGUGCUCUGUGCGAUCCUAACGAUCCGCCAGUCGGAGGCUGCUUCUAGCACUACCACUACUUCCGCAACCGCCACGACCACCACUGCUGCUUCCGGCACCACCACCACCACGGCCAGCUCCUCGGACACCACGACAACCACCGCUGCCACCACUACCACGGAGAAGAGCAGCGCCUCCGGUAAGACCAAGAGAAUCCGUAAACGCCGUAGGACGCUCCCAAAGAAGAUUAGGCGUCGUAGGGUACACCACGACAAGUCGACCAAGUCCCGCAACAGCGGCUCCCGCAGGCGCAGAUACCUGAUCUAA